AUGGGAGUGAUAACAGUGUGCAGGGCGCCAGUGAAAGUACUAUCACCCGAGAUUGCACGCGCGGAGCUGCGCGUGCGCACACCGACAUGGACGCAUCUCUACGCGCUCCCAUCACUGGUGUUCUACCCAUUACUGGCCUACGCGUACUAUAUACGCUACGACGACUGGCUGAAGAGUGAAGAAUGGACAUUCCUUGCGUGCGUUACGCUCGGCGCUGGCCAUGCACUAUCUUUCCUGGUCACGCGCUGGAGCGCAGGUGCGGCUGCUUGGGUUACUACUCGCAAGGCAACCUCUGUACAAGACGCUGACUGCGUCCGGAUCGUACCUGAGGCCAACCGUGGCCAGGGCGAGAUCGUAAACUUGAUCAAGCUCGACCCGAAGGACCCUUCGACGUACAAGUUCAUCUACCAGCAGGACACAUACACCGUCUACAGCACCGAUCCUCUUACACUCGGCCAACUUCCAUACCCUUCCUCCUCCAACCCGCCACUCGGCGACUUCCAAAAGCCGAAGCCACUCAAGGCCGCGCAACUGGAGGGGAUUGAGCGCAUGUACGGCAAGAACGUGUUCAACAUUCCGGUACCCGCAUUCAGCGAACUCUUCGCCGAGCAUGCGACCGCGCCAUUCUUCGUCUUCCAAAUCUUCUGUGUCACCCUCUGGAUGCUCGACGAGUACUGGUACUACUCGCUCUUCACGCUGUUCAUGCUCGUCGCAUUCGAGUGCACGACCGUCUGGCAACGCCUCCGCACUCUCACCGAGUUCCGCACCAUGUCCGUCCAGCCGUAUCCGAUCAUGGUCAAGCGCGACGGCAAGUGGCUCGAGAUCUCGUCCGACAGCCUGCUGCCCGGCGACGUCGUUUCAGUCGUGCGCACGCAUCAAGCGGAGACGGUUGUUCCCGCGGACAUCCUACUCGUCGAGGGAACAUGCAUCGUCAACGAAGCCAUGCUUUCCGGAGAGUCGACGCCACUGCUGAAGGAGAGCAUCAGCCUCCUCGAGCCCGCCGACAAGCUCUCCGCGGACGAUGAGCACCGCAACCAAGUCCUCUUCUCCGGCACCAAGCUCCUCCAAGCUACACCCGGCGCGACCAAUGACACACCCAACGGUGGCGUGCUCGGUGUUGUCCUCCGCACUGGCUUCGGUACCGCUCAAGGCCAGCUCGUACGCACGAUGAUCUUCGCAACGGAGCGCGUGAGCGCCAACAACCUCGAGAGCUUCCUCUUCAUCGGCUUCCUUCUCAUCUUCGCGCUUGCCGCGAGCUGGUAUGUGUGGACUAAGGGUAUUGAGCGCGACCUCAAGAAGAGCAAGCUCUUGCUCGACUGCGUGCUCAUCGUCACGUCCGUCGUUCCGCCCGAAUUGCCCAUGGAGCUCUCGCUCGCCGUCAACGCUUCGCUCGUCGCACUCAACAAGUUCGCUAUCUUCUGUACCGAGCCCUUCCGCAUCCCAUUCGCGGGCAAGGUUGAUAUCUGCUGCUUCGACAAGACCGGUACCAUCACCGCCGAGGAUCUCGUCCUUGAGGGUGUAGCCGGCACAGACCCGUCCAACAUGCGCGAGCUCGCUCCGGUGGCCACCGCCCCGCGCAAUACGGUAUUCGCUCUGGCGGGCGCACAUGCGCUCGUCCGACUUGACGACGGCACUAUUGUUGGCGACCCGAUGGAGAAGACCACCCUCGAGGCUUUGGAAUGGACGUUAUCGAAGGGUGACCACCUCUCCCCGCAUAGCGGAAGCUUCAAGGGCACGCAGCUCACCAUCCGCCGGCGCUUCCAAUUUAGCAGCGCUCUCAAGCGUAUGAGCACCAUCAGCACAUUUAACAGCGGCAAAGGCCUCGCAGCCGUCAAAGGCGCACCCGAGACGAUUAAGACCAUGCUCUCGCGCGUUCCGGAGGGUUACGACGAGACGUUCAAAUGGUACACUCGUCGCGGAAGCCGCGUACUUGCGCUUGGCAUGAAGGAGUUCGACUCGCUCAACACGGACCGUAUCAACAAGAUGGCGCGCGAGCAAGUUGAGAGCAAUCUCACAUUCGCCGGUUUCCUCGUGUUCCAUGCGCCACUCAAGCCCGAUGCGCAAGAAUGUCUGAGGGAGCUGAGGGACGCGAGUCAUCGGUGCAUCAUGAUCACGGGCGACAACCCUCUCACGGCUCUCCACGUUGCCGAACAAGUCGACAUCGUCGACCGCCCCGGGCUCAUCCUCGACCGCAAAGCCGACGCCGUAUCCGACGCCGAUCUCGAAUGGCGCUCCGUCGAUGAGACGGUCGUCAUCUCCGUGAACCCCGCCGACCCUAUCGACCAGAAGCUAUUGGACAACUACGAUAUCUGUCUCACGGGCGCCGCGCUGCGGAUGUACGCUGAAGGACCGCAUUGGCAUACGCUCGCGAAUCACUGUUGGGUCUAUGCGCGUGUGUCGCCGGCGCAGAAGGAGCUCAUCGUGCGCACUUUGAGGAGUAUGGGAUAUACGACGCUCAUGGCUGGCGACGGAACGAACGACGUUGGGGCGCUUAAGCAGGGUCAUGUCGGUGUUGCGCUGCUGAACGGUUCCGAGGAGGACUUGAAGAAGAUCGCCGAACACGAGCGCAUCGAGCGCGUCAAGAAGGUCUACCAAUCUCAACUCAACAUCUCCGCGCGCUUCAAUCAGCCUCCGCCCCCCGUCCCGCCCGCCAUCGCGCAUCUGUACCCCGACGCCGUCGAGGCGCAGAAGAAGGCGCUCGCGGAGCUGGGCGAGAAGAGGAAGAAGAAUCCGAUGGAGAAGUUCGAUAUGGCUAGUAUCACGGAUAGCCUUGCGAACAUGGAGGGAGAGGAUGAGGUGCCAAAGAUUAAGCUUGGAGAUGCGAGUUGCGCGGCGCCGUUCACGAGCAAGCUCAGUAACGUCAAAGCCAUUGUGCACAUCAUUCGUCAGGGCCGUACGACGCUCGUCGCGACGAUCCAGAUGUACAAGAUUCUGGCGCUUAACUGUCUCAUCACUGCCUACUCGCUCUCGGUUCAGUACCUCGAUGGCAUCAAGUACGGUGACUACCAGAUCACCGUCACUGGCAUGCUCAUGAGCGUCUGCUUCCUGUGUAUCUCACGGGCCAAGCCGGUUGAGAAGCUGUCGCGCGAACGUCCACUCGGCAACAUCUUCAACUUCUACGUGCUGCUCAGCGUCUUGCUGCAGUUUGCGCUGCAUAUCGUCACCAUGGUGUACAUCACGGAUCUGUGCCAUGCGCUCGAAGAUCGUGGACCCAUCGACCUUGAAGCCAAGUUCGAGCCAAACCUGCUCAACACGGCCGUCUUCCUCCUUGGACUUUCGCAACAGGUCUCGACAUUCGCGCUCAACUAUCAAGGCCGGCCGUUCCGUGAGGGUAUCCGUGAGAACCCGAUGCUCUAUUGGGGUCUUGUAGGCGCCAGCGCCGUCGCGGUUAGCGGCGCUACGGACUUUAUGCCCGAGCUGAACCGCUGGCUUCAGGUCGUUGAGAUGAGCACUGAUUUCAAGAUCAAGCUGACAACGAGCAUGGUCAUCGACUUCGCCGGCUGCUUCAUCGUCGAGCACGCCUGCAAAUGGCUCUUCGCGGACCUUGAGCCGAAAGAGAUCAUCCAGCGCGGGCGCGCAAGACGUGAUGCGCGACGUAUCGAGGAAGAGCUCAUCCGCGCCGAGAGGGAGAAGGCCGAGCGUAUGCUGGAGGGGGAGAAGAAGACACAGUGA